GGCGUUUCCUAGGGGACUGAGGGAGGGCUGGGGCGGUACGAAGCGGGGGUGGGCUCUGCGCGUAAUGGCAGCGCCGUGGCCUCGCGUCCAUCUUUACCGUUCUCUCGGACCUGUCACAAAGGAGUCGCGCCGCCGUCGCCGCCCCCUCCCUCCAGUGGGCCCGGGAGCUAGAGAAAGUCAGUGCCGCAGCCCGACCGCGCUGCUCUGAGAAGCCCCCUGGGCACGGGGAACGGGAGGGAGUCUGAGGGUUGGGGACGUCUGUGAAGGAGGGGAACAGCAGCUCGAGCCUGGGGCGGGCUAACCGGACUGGGGCCGGGGUAGGCUCUGGAAAGGGCCCGGGAGAGAGGUGGCGUUGGUCAGAACCUGAGAAACAGCCGAGAUGUUUUCCACCGAGGCCCGCGCUUGAGGGAUCUGAAGAGGUUCCUAGAAGAGGGUGUUCCCUCUUUCGGGGGUCCUCACCAGAAGAGGUUCUUGGGGGUCGUCCUUCUGAGGAGGCUGCGGCUAACAGGGCCCGGGAGAGAGGCAGCUGUCUCCUGGGGUGGCUCCUGGUACUGAGGGGGUCCUGACCUACUCAGGGGUGCCCGGGAUAGAAAGGGUAGAUGAGGGGACGCUUUGGGAGGGUUCCUUUUGUGGAGUUUGCGGUAUAGGUGGCACGGGUGGGAGGCAUACAUCCCCGGGGAGAUUUAGAAACGCCUUGGGAUAGAAAGAGAAUGGGGCUAGGAGGUAGGAGCCAGAACUAGCGGCAUCUCCUACUACGGAAGCCGGAGCUGAAAAUUGGAACUGCCAUUGGAUGACCAGAAUUCCCUGUAGUUGAUAAUGUUGGGAAUAAGCUCUGCAACUUUCUUUGGCAUUCAGUUGUUAAAAACAAAUAGGAUGCAAAUUCCUCAACUCCAGAUUAUGAAAACAGUACUUGGAAAACUGAAAACUACCUAAAUGAUCGUCUUUGGUUGGGCCGUGUUCUUAGUGAGCAGAAGCCUUGGCCAGGGUCUGCUGUUGACUCUAGAAGAGCACAUAGCCCACCUCCUAGGGACUGGAGGUGCCACUACUACCAUGGGUAAUUCCUGUAUCUGUCGAGAUGACAGUGGAACAGAUGACAGUGUUGACACCCAGCAGCAACAGGCCGAGAACAGUGCAGUACCCACUGCUGACACAAGGAGCCAACCACGGGACCCUGUUCGGCCACCAAGGAGGGGCCGAGGACCACAUGAGCCAAGGAGAAAGAAACAAAAUGUGGAUGGGCUAGUGUUGGACACGCUGGCAGUAAUACGGACUCUUGUAGAUAAUGAUCAGGAACCUCCCUAUUCAAUGAUAACAUUACACGAAAUGGCAGAAACAGAUGAAGGAUGGUUGGAUGUUGUCCAGUCUUUAAUUAGAGUUAUUCCACUGGAAGAUCCACUGGGACCAGCUGUUAUAACAUUGUUACUAGAUGAAUGUCCAUUGCCCACUAAAGAUGCGCUCCAGAAAUUGACUGAAAUUCUCAAUUUAAAUGGAGAAGUAGCUUGCCAGGACUCAAGCCAUCCUGCCAAACACAGGAACACAUCUGCAGUCCUAGGCUGCUUGGCUGAGAAACUAGCAGGUCCUGCAAGUAUAGGUUUACUUAGCCCAGGAAUACUGGAAUAUUUGCUACAGUGUCUGAAGUUACAGUCCCACCCCACAGUCAUGCUUUUUGCACUUAUCGCACUGGAAAAGUUUGCACAGACAAGUGAAAAUAAAUUGACUAUUUCUGAAUCCAGUAUUAGUGACCGGCUUGUCACACUGGAGUCCUGGGCUAAUGAUCCUGAUUAUCUGAAACGUCAAGUUGGUUUCUGUGCCCAGUGGAGCUUAGACAAUCUCUUUUUAAAAGAAGGUAGACAGCUGACCUAUGAGAAAGUGAACUUGAGUAGCAUUAGGGCCAUGCUGAAUAGCAAUGAUGUCAGCGAGUACCUGAAGAUCUCACCUCAUGGCUUAGAGGCUCGCUGUGAUGCCUCCUCUUUUGAAAGUGUGCGUUGCACCUUUUGUGUGGAUGCCGGGGUAUGGUACUAUGAAGUAACAGUGGUCACUUCUGGCGUCAUGCAGAUUGGCUGGGCCACUCGAGACAGCAAAUUCCUCAAUCAUGAAGGCUAUGGCAUUGGGGAUGAUGAAUACUCCUGUGCGUAUGAUGGCUGCCGGCAGCUGAUUUGGUACAAUGCCAGAAGUAAGCCUCACAUACACCCAUGCUGGAAAGAAGGAGACACAGUAGGAUUUCUGUUAGACUUGAAUGAAAAGCAAAUGAUCUUCUUUUUAAAUGGCAACCAGCUGCCUCCUGAAAAGCAAGUCUUUUCAUCUACUGUAUCUGGAUUUUUUGCUGCAGCUAGUUUCAUGUCAUAUCAACAAUGUGAGUUCAAUUUUGGAGCAAAACCAUUCAAAUACCCACCAUCUAUGAAAUUUAGCACUUUUAAUGACUACGCCUUCCUAACAGCUGAAGAAAAAAUCAUUUUGCCAAGGCACAGGCGUCUUGCUCUGUUGAAGCAAGUCAGUAUCCGAGAAAACUGCUGUUCCCUUUGUUGUGAUGAGGUAGCAGACACACAAUUGAAGCCAUGUGGACACAGUGACCUGUGCAUGGAUUGUGCCUUGCAACUGGAGACCUGCCCAUUGUGUCGUAAAGAAAUAGUAUCUAGAAUCAGACAGAUUUCUCAUAUUUCAUGACACAUGUGAAGAGGCAUCGUGGACUUUUUUCUACUCAAUUCCAGCCAAUGUUGAAAAGAAAAAGAAAAAAAACUCUCUAAUCAGUUGUACACACAUUGCAACUUACAGCCAUGGCCAGAUUUUACGCUAAAAAUGGUAGUUUGUCAAAGACAAAAUUCUCUUAGAAUCUAAUCCAACUUGCCAGCCCUGAGAAAAUCCCUUUUAAGGCCAAGGAAAGCUGAAUGCUAGCAGCCAGGCCUGUGGUACUUCCAUGAAAAACCAUAGCAGACAAUGCCCUCCCAAGUACUGAAAUCACACUGGAAUCCUCCAUGUUGGGUUCAUUUGAUUGUUUACACAGGAUGUGUUGUGUCAUUCUGAAGUUUUUAUUUGGGGCAGAAGUCUUUAUGGAGAUGUAAAUGACAGCGUUUCUGGGUUAUGCAUAAUUUCUCACUGGUCAGAGACACCGGUGUGUCAAGCAUGGAUAUUGCAUUGCAAGACUUGAAUCUAUAAAAAUUAGAAUCACACAGUCAGUAGUAUAAGCAAAACAGAGAACCUGAAAGAAGGUGCACAGACUGUAAGAAAAAACCCAAGUUUGUGAUAUUUCAGUGAUUCCAAAGAACAUUCUACGUUUUUUGUUUGUUUUUUUGUUUUUUUGGUUUUUUUUUUACUGCAGAAAAUUGGUGGUAUUUUCACAUUCGUAGUGUUUCUAUCCAAUUUCAGUACCCACAUUUAAUGAGGAAAAAAUGUUUUACCAAUGCAGGAGGAAUUCUUAAAUUAGCUGUAAUGUUAGGUUGGAGAAAAUUUGGUAUUUAGGAUAUUUUUAAGGUACCAUCAAAUCAGAUUUCUGUUUUUUUGUUAAAUUUUUUAAAUCAGUAUUGUUUUUACAAGUAAUAUACUUUGAAACUCUUGAACUAAUAGUCUCAAAAACUCUAGAGGACAGUCUGAGAACACGUAUUUCUAUUGUUCUAAAUAAAUACAUGUUUUUGAAUAGUAAGUUCAAUCAUGAAUUAUUGACUAUGUCUUCAUCAAAAGUGUUAAUCCCUCUCAGGGUCUCUGGUGAAGACCUUCAAGAGUUUGGUUUUUUCUCCCAGGAAAUUGGAAGGUAGAAUUGUAAAUUCAUAGAACUUCUUUUAUAAUGGUGUACCUCAGCAGCUGCCUUUCAAUUUAUGCCAAGUCCUUACAGAGUUUAUACUUGAAUAGUAAAUAUGUCUUCUGAGUUUUACAGUGUCUUAAACUCAAUGCACAUUUUUUUUUCUUCUUUUUCCACCCCUUCUUAUUUGUAGUUCAUUAUACCUGUCCUAUUACAGAGCUGAUUUCCUUCCUGGCUGUACAUGUUGGGGUGCUGGAUUUUUUUCCGUGUCUUUAGUCUUCCAUAAAUCCCAAAAAAAAAAAUAUAUAUAUAUAUAUAAAUAUAUAUGUAGAUACAUGUUCUGUUCUUUAGCUUGUGGUGAAUACAGUAAUUUGCAUUGAAGAAUAAAA